CCUCGGUAAAGAGAUAUUAUUUAUUUCUGAAAACUGCUAGUACAGUUUUCAUUGUUGCAUGAUUGCAGUCUGAAGAUAUAACGACUGUAUCCUCGCCACAGAGCAUUAACAAGUCAAAAUAUAGUACCACAUAAAAUCUUAUACAGUAAACCAACUUAUGUUCACAUGCAAGAAGUUCGCAAGAACCUCGUUUCCAAGAAUAUUUCUUGCCGUGAAUCAGUCCUUUUAUGUUCAUGUUAAGUUGUUGCUCCAUACAAGAGAAUUCCCAGCCUGUUACGACGCCCCCAUACACAGAAAUUACUUGAUCCGCCACUGAAUAGUGUUGGUGUUCUGCAGGUCCCUGCGUGUUUGGGCACAGCGGAUGGUGUGUUUACAUUGGUGAUAUUGAUGGAAAUACCGGAAGUGGGCGAGAAAACAAGAUUUUCAUGGUGCGGGAACCACCCAGUAUCCGUACCAGAUCUCUUCAAGUUUUAGAAACGCUAAGAUUUACCUGGGAUGAACACAACGCCGAGACACUGAUGGUAGAUCCACAAGGAGAGCUAUACAUUAUUUCUAAAGUCGACGGAGGGAGAGGGAAAUUAUAUCACAUCCCUAAAGACGCGUGGGCGGAGUCGUCCCAUCGGUACCACCUGACAGGAGGACGGGAGAUGCCAACUCCUGAUCACGGACGAGGACCGGUAGCCGGCGACAUCUCGCCGGACGGACGGGAAGUACUAGUCAAGACCUAUCACAAAAUAUUUUACUGGAAUGUAGGGGACAGCCUCGACCAUUUGAGGACCUUAAUGAGCACCCCUAAACAGGUCCCGUACAUCAGCGAACACCAGGGCGAGUCUGUCUGUUUGGAGUCUAACGGAAGUGGUUACUACACCAUUAGUGAAGGCACAUCAGAAGCACUCCAUUACUACAAGCGAUUGUCAUGAGAAUAAUUAGGUUAUCAAAUAAUAUAUAAUUCAUUUCC